AUGCCUCGGUGUAUAAGCACAUCCUCGAGUCUCAUGUAUUCUAAGAAAGAUCAAAGGUUCUACGUUCCAACUCCUGGAUCAGAUUACUUUUACUCCUUGGAUCCUAACUCCAAGGAGAAUGACCAUCCCGAGUUCGUUGACAUGUUUCCUGACUAUCUUCCUGAAGAGCAUUUGGAUCACGAUGUGGACGAGAUGAACUCGUGUGCCACAACAGUCCACUUUGUGGAGGCAGCUUCAGGCGAACAAUUCUUCGUCAAAUGCUUCUUUAAGGACCAGCUUGAGAUAGACGACAAAGGGUUGGAACAAGUUACCAGAAGAACAAGGCAGUUCAUGGUGUUUAGAGCAGAGGAUCAUCCUCGUAUAGAAGAACAUCGUAAAGAAUUGUUAUACACAGAAGACACUGGAGACUUCUGUAUCUUUCUUGGACAAGAUGUUGCAUUGCAAACUUACAUGAAUCAAAAUUGA